UACGCUACUCAUCAAUCGAAGCAUCAAAAUAUCGCAAUGCAAUCUCCAUAGCCAAAACUCUCCUUUAAUCCCAUCGCAAAAUCCCCCAAUUCGAUCGCAUUCGCAUCAGAUUCGCCAUGGAUUUCUGGCUGAGAGCUCGCGCAUUCGCGGAGGAGGCGGCGAGGAAAUCGCAGCAGCUGACGCAGGGGCUCGGCUCCACCAACUUCUCAGGCGUCGUCUCGGAGGCGUCGAGGCGCUCCAAGGAGCUGGCGGCGGAGGCGUCGAAGCUGUCGCAGGAGUUCGCCGCGGACGCGAUGAAGCGCACCGACGAGAUCAAGGCUCACAUUCCUCCUCCCGCCGUGGUUCUCAACAAUCUCGUCGAUUCAGCUCAGAAGGCGGCCUACAGCCCCGCCGAUCUGGAUAUGUUCGGUGUUACGGAUGAGCUGAGGGAGUUUGUGAGAGGCAUUACGACGAAUACUUUCCGUGAUUUUCCGCUUGAAGAUGAGUCAAAAGUAUCUAAUAUUCAUACCGUCUCAAAUGUUCGGCAAGAUCUCACAGAGUGGCAAGAAAGGCAUGCCAAUCUUGUUCUUUUGACAGUGAAGGAAAUCUCAAAGCUAAGGUAUCAACUAUGUCCACGUGUGAUGAAGGAAUGGAAGUUUUGGAAAAUCUAUUUCAUUCUUGUAAACAGUCAUGUGGCAGCAUAUGAGAAACACUAUGUGGAAGUUGUAAAGCUCAAGCCAGCUGAAAAUGUUACAGAUGCUGAGGUCGAGGGGACUUCAUCAAGUGUAAGAUCUGAAGAAGCAGAUGAGAUUUCGAAACCAAAAGGCAGUGCUCAGAAGUCAGCAUCCAUUGACAAGGAUCUGGAUGUAUUUCUUCUUGGAGACCUUGAUGACAGUGAUGAUGAUGAUCCAGAUGAUGGGAAUGAUGACUCAGAUGAUGAUGGCUUUGAAAAAAUAUAACUAGGAGGAUGAUAAAGAAUCUCACUGAAAACGAGUACAUACAAUAAUAUCGGUUCUUUGAGAUGAGUAUCGAAGAAAUUCUAAGGUAAGGGCAGAAAUCACGAUGCUACACAGAAUUCAACUGCUGCAAAAUUUAUUCAAACUAGUAAAUCCCAUUUUCUCUUGUUUCUCUUGACAUCAUUGAGAAAGUUCUUACUUCUAUUUUCGAUCUCAACAUCUCUACUUAAUAAUAUUGGGAUUAUUAAGGAUUGUUGGGAGGGGAACUUUGGAUUUGAUAGUCGAUGUAAUCUGUAAUUCAUGUCCAUCAUUGUCCUAUUACUCGAAAUUCAUUGGUCGAA